AUGAAAGAGAAGCUGAAGCAGGCUUUCGUAGCUGCUUGGAGGGAUUCAGAUGAUUCUAAUCCUGAAAGCCACAGCGAUCAAGAAGAAAUUGCUAAUAUCUAUCUAAUGGCUACUAUCGAUUCUGAAUCUAAAGAAAAUAGCACUCUGACUUCAACACAGAAAGUUGGAAUCAACGAAACAAAUGCAACGAUCCAUGAAAAUGAUGAAAGCACUGUACGUAUUUCUGAACCCGAAUCAGAAAGUGAUCUUCCAAAUACUUACAAUAAUCUUUGCAAUGAGUUUGAAAAACUUGUGUGCCUAAGGAGCGAGCUGAAAACAAAAAUGUGGUACAUGGACAGCGCUUGCUCUAGGCAUAUGACUGGUGAUAGAAAGCAAUUCACCAGAUUAAAAAAGAAAAAGGGAGGUACAGUAAGCUUCGGAGACAAAGCAAAAGGUAAAAUCAUGGGUAUUGGUGUAGUCGGUUCUAAUCCUUCAAUAGAAGAUGUAUGCUUAGUAGAAGGAUUACAAUAA